UAUAUUACGGUUACGGGCACUGACGGCAAAACAAUGGCGGCCCCCGGUGGGGACGAUUAGAUUAAUGUUUUGUAAUACCUCUCUUCACAGCAAAUUACCUAUUGUUCUGAUACUUCUGCAAUAUUGAACACCCCUGUAUGAUUAUAAAACUGUUUCGUGACCAGUAAAACGGAUCACAUUGUUAAUUCUGAUAUGAGGGCAGUUGUUGUCAUGAAACUUUGACAUGUUGGCACAGAAACUGCACCUGCUCCGACACAACGUCCUGUCAUUUGUAUCCUCUCGGACUGGCAGUGACCUCACCAGGCGCCAGUAUGAUGUCAUUGUGGUGGGGGGAGGACAUGCUGGGACUGAGGCGGCGGCCGCAGCAGCCAGAUUGGGAGCAGAGACUCUCCUCAUUACCCAGAAGAUCAUGACUAUCGGGGCCCUCUCCUGUAACCCAUCUCUGGGGGGCGUGGGGAAAGGCCAGCUGGUGAGGGAGGUGGAUGCUCUGGACGGUCUGUGUGGGCGAGCAGGCGACUCGGCCGGGGUCCACUUCUCCAUCCUAAACCGCAGCAAAGGGCCCGCUGUGUGGGGACCCCGGGCACAGCUGGACCGGGAACGCUACCGCCAAUUCAUCCAGUCAGAAUUGCUGUCCACUCCCAGGCUGACAGUGUUGGAGGGCUCAGUGGAUGAGUUGCUGGUGUCACAACCCAACCCAGAGGAGCCUGGACACCACAGAGUCACUGGGAUAAGACUGGUCGAUGGAAGCCACCCCAUCUUGUCCAGCUCAGUGGUACUUACCACUGGCACUUUCCUGUCCGGCUCCCUCUUCAUGGGCCAAACCACCUCUCCCGGGGGGAGGAUGGGGGAUGCUCAAUCAUGUGCCGGACUUUCUUACACACUGAAAGAGACAUUGGGGUUGAGGGUGGGUCGGCUGAGGACUGGCACACCCCCUCGAAUAGUGAAGGAGUCCGUGGAUCUGUCCUUGGCUCAGCUCCAAGCCCCGGACAAACAGCCCACUCCCUUCAGUUUUCUCAACACGCACACCCGCUGCAAGCCAGAAGAGCAGCUCCCCUGCUAUCUGACCCACACCACGCCUGGAGUGGAGAGAGUGGUCAGGGAGAGUGUCCACCUCAACUGUCACAUACAGCAGGACGCCAAAGGUCCCAGAUACUGUCCCUCCAUCGAGUCGCGGGUGCUGCGGUUUCCGGGGCGACGGCACCAGGUGUGGCUGGAGCCGGAAGGUUUGACCUCUGACCUGUUGUACCCCCAGGGCUUGUCCAUGACCAUGCCCCCUGAACUGCAGCUCCGCCUCCUUAGGGAGAUCCCCGCCUUGCACCGAGCCGAGAUCCGCACUCCUGGUUACGGGGUGCAGUAUGACUUUGUGUGCCCCACCCAGCUGACCCCGUCUCUGCAGGUGAAGAGCACGCAGGGGCUCUUCCUCGCGGGUCAAAUCAACGGCACCACGGGCUACGAAGAAGCAGCCGCACAAGGCUUGUGGGCGGGGGUGAAUGCAGGUCGGACGGCCCUCUCCCUGCCCCCCAUGGCAUUGUCUCGUACUCAGAGCUACAUCGGGGUGCUGAUCGAUGACUUGGUGGGCCGAGGGGUGACAGAACCUUACCGCAUGUUCACCAGCCGCGCCGAGUUCAGAACCUACCUCAGGCCCGACAACGCAGACCUCCGUCUCACCCCCAGAGGGUUUGAGGAGGUGGGCUGCGUGACUUUGCGGCGAUACAAGAAAGCGGUAAGUGUGAGGGACGGCCUCCAGGAAGCCCUGAUGGCCCUGCAGUCCGUGGCGCUAUCCUCCACCCGCUGGAGAGAGAAGCUGGGCAACAUCAGCCUGAGUGAGAACAAGAGCACCACCUUAAAUGGUUUGGAUCUGUUGCAAUAUAAAGAUGUGUCCUUUGAAAUGUUGGCCUCCGCCUUCCCAGAGUGUCUUUCACAAUAUUUUGAGUACUCACAACGACUCAAGAUUGAAGCUGUGUACAGACCCCACUGCGAGAAGCAGAGUCGAGAGAUGGAGAGAAUACGGAGCGAGGAAAGUCUGUCUCUCCCCUCUGACAUGGACUACCUCUCCUUACCAGUGUCCCUCUCUCAGGAGGUCAGAGAGAUACUGGACCGAGUCAGGCCCAACACUCUGGGCGCUGCUACCCGUCUACCAGGCAUGACGCCUGCUGGGAUCAUCCACCUUCUCAACUAUGUCCUCAGGACCGGGCAGAGGAACAGACACACAGAGCACAGAAACCGAUCGAGCCAAAAAGAGGGGGAAAAGGGACAGCUGUGUGCAAGCAACAUACCGAUAUCUCAGUGAAAUAAUGACUAAGAAAAAUGUACAAAAAUUAACUAUGGUAGUUUAGGAAAUCAUCACUGUUUAAUUUAAAAUGACCUGAGAUUUCAAACCAAGCAAUUGUGCCCAAUUUCACUAAUUUGAUCUAUUCAGCCUCACAAACAGUAACAAAAAAAUCCAACA